GCUUUCUGGCGUAUGCCAUGCCGUACCCGCUCUGGUUUGGCCCGAAUUGACCCCCUUGUUUCGAAUGGUACGAUCUCUCAACAUGUGCAUGCCAUUCAUGGCUCUUCUGGUUUCUCCAUUGAUGCUAGUUUCGAUGAGUUGAUUGCUGGUUCUUGCACUUCCUGUCAAGUCACUCAAGACAAAUCUUCCUACUGGACUCCGGCCCUCUACUUUCAGGACGCGUCUGGACAGAUCAGCUUGGUUGACCAGGUUGGAGGCAUGCUUGCGUACUACCUUCUGUACCCCAACGCUGGCAACACCAGCUUGUCUGCUUUCCCCGCAAACUUCCACAUGAUCGCCGGCAAUACCAACUACCGCAAUUUCAGCUACCCAGUCCCCGACAUCCAAAAGUCUCUCUGGUACGAGGCCCCGUACAACACUCAGACUUUUCUUGAGCAAGCUGCAUUGGGUUUCAAUUGCCUCAACUAUGGAAAGACUCCUGAGGGUUCCCUUUAUCGCCACUUCAUGCCAGACAAGGCUUAUCUUGAUGCCAAUUGUGUUGAUGGUAUCCGUCUGGAGUUGAUGUUCCCAAGCUGCUGGGAUGGCCAGUCCUUCGACAUUAAGGACCAGAAGGAGCACGUCGCUUACCCCUCCCAAGUCAUGACUGGCGAAUGCCCCUCUGGCUUUCCAAUCCGCUUGCCAUCUCUGUUCUACGAGACAAUCUGGAACACCUAUGCCUUUGCUGGUAAAUCCGGUCAAUUCCUUCUCUCCAACGGUGAUCCAACCGGCUGCGGCUACCAUGGCGACUUCAUGAUGGGCUGGGACCCCACCUUCCUCCAAGACGCAGUCGACCAAUGCACCAACCCGUCCGGCCAAAUCGAAGACUGCCCGCUCUUCCACAUCCAAGCCGAAGACAGCAACUGCAGCAUUGACCUGCCAUCCGCUCUUGUCUCCGAAAACGUGCUUGGUCCCAUGGGCUCCCUCCCAGGCAACGUACCCAUCGUUUCCGGUCCCGGUCCCGCCUCAGGCGCCACAGCUGGCUCGCCCGUCACCGGUGCACCACCCGCCCCUUCUUCCCCCGCCGGCCCGAUCCCGAUCCCCACGCUGAGCUACUCGGCUGGUAAGUCCCUCGCAUCCACCGAUACGUACAUCCCGGGUGGCAUCUUCGCUGUCUCGAUCCCGUCCACUGCGGAUAUGACCACCACCUCAACUCCGAUCGCA